AAUGGGUCCCAGUCAACUGCACAUGAAUUUGCCUUUUUUUUUUUUUUUUUUUUUAAAGAUAAAGGUGUUUUAUCUGACAGUUGACAUUCGAGGCUACGCCCUGACAAGCUGCAAGUUUUGGUGUGGUAAACAAAUGUUUGCGUGUGAAACUUUAUUUUAGUUUUCUUCCCACUGGUAUCAAUGAAAAGGAAGGGAAGUCUCUUUUCAAGUGAGUUCACCUGCAUUAUUUGGAUAUUUCAAAUGGGACUGCAGCUUUGAGGUGAUGUAAUUGUGUAACUGGCAGUGCAAAGAAAGCACAUGACGAAGUGUUAAAAGUAUUUGCAGAUGUCGCUCACAAACUCUUCUCUGAGAAGGAACUGUUCCAGAUAGGACGCAAGCAAUCAGUGAUCUUCAUGUCCCAGGAGAGGCUUUUUUAAACAUUAUUGCAACCUGAUUUGUUUUGGGUGUGAGCGUCAAAGUCUGCGUGGCCUCCCAUGAUGUGCAGGAUUGGGCAUCGUUUGAAUUUCAGCAAUUCCGAUCCCGAUUCCACUUCCUCAUUUUGAUUCAGAUUCUUUUUGGGGUCCUGUUCAAAAAAGAGAGCCUGCCCUUCUUGUUUUGAAUGAGACUUCAAAUAUUUAGUUUAUUUAGCUAAGUAAGGAAACAAGCAGAAGAAAAAUGAGAAAAAAAAAAAGUAAACUGUGGAACCUUUUAAAAUCAACAGUAAAAACUUGCUAUGCAGGAAAAAUUGUUGGACAGUGCGGCCACUAAAAUUCUAAAUGGAAAAAACACAAAACCAACUAUUGUCGUGCAUGAGUUUGAGCCGGAGGAUGAAGUGCACGUACAACGGAUCUUUUGCGAAGGAAUGAUGGAGAUGAUAUCUGACACGGCCUUCAGAGGCUUGAGACAUCAUCCUGAGAGCCUCCUGCUCUAUUUCACAGUGGCAGCAGCUGUCGGUUUAGUGAUCACAACGUGCUGGUGGGUGAUAGCACUCCUCCCUGCAGUUGUGCUGUGUGGACGUUACUUCUGCAGCCGGCGAGUGAUUCAUGGUUAUUUGGAAAAAGCCAUGAGCUCUGACAUGGGUCACAUUGAAGAGUUUUACACGAAAUCACCAGAUUCCCGCCUUUGGGUUGCAACGCUAGAUGGCCAAGUGAUAGGUAUUGUAGCAGCAGAUGGCCACAAAACAGAAGGUUUUGCUGAGCUGAAGCGGAUGUCAGUUGACCGCAGGUAUCGGCGGUGCGGUGUGGGCAUGGCGCUUGGAUUUAAAGUUCUGGAGUUUGCCCUAACUCAGGGAUACGCCACUGUUGUCUUGGGAACCACAGCCUACUCACCCGCUGCGCACCAGCUCUACCAGCGUCUGGGAUUCCAAUGUAGUGGGAUCACAAAUGGAUACGUGCCACAUGGUGCAACACAGUCCUUACUGGAGAGAAUAUUCUAUAGAGUCUGCCAUCAUCACUACAGACUGGACGUGAAAAAUAUCCCUUUAAAUGGACACUAACCCCUCUGAGAGACAAAAACAAGUGAAAAACAAUAACAGUUCACUUUUGUCCUUAUCAUAACUGGAAAAUUUUACAAGAUAACGACACUAUCAUCAUCUUUGCUCAAGUGUGACAUUUUGUCUUUAAAAUAGUUUAAAAAAAGAGCAUUUCUGGUUUUCAAACGUGUAAAAAAAUGCACUAUUGGUACAGCCAGUCUUGCAAGGUAAAAUCUACAAUCUAUACCGACUCUUUUUUUAAGCAUGUUUGCAGGAUUAAAUAAUACCUUUUAAUUGGCUCUGUUUUAAUAUAUGCCCUAAUAUGUGGAGGUCAAACAUUUGAAAAAUUGGCUAUGAAAACCUUUUCAGUGCCCCCCCUUGAUUUUAUUGUAACUCCCCGAAAUAAAAUUCUGAGGUUUGGUCACAUGACGUAUGCCGCCAUUGUGGGGCUAGUUGUAAUGUUAAUUUUGGUGAUCAGCAGAAGGUGAUAUUGACAAAAAUGGCUGUGUUCUAAAUUUUAUCUUAUUGUAUGGACACAAUAACUAGAAUAGUGUAUUUUGAUUACUAGUGGCACAUACAAUGUCCUGUAUUCUUAGUGCAAAAAAGAAAGAAAAGGAAACACAAAGAAAAAGAAAAUAUUUUUCCUCAAUUUAUAAAGAAAAUUAUUUAUGCUUUGGAGCCAUCUCUUUUAACUUGAAUGCUCUGUUCAUUGGCUGAAGUGCUUCAAAUGAAUGUACUUUUAAAGGGAAAUAGAGGCACAAUUUAUGCAGACUGCAGUUCUAGAGCACAAGCUCGCCAUUUGGAAUGAAUUCUGGUUCACGCAAGGUAGUCCAAAGACAUCUACCGGGAGACACGUCAUGACUCGGAUGGUGGUUUUGUCUACAGGCUCCAUUUAUGUGCAGAGUAAGCACACUUUUGCACUUAUUAGUGAAUGAGGCCCAUUCCACACUUAGAGAACAUUUUACACAAGAACAAUUGUGAUAAAACACACGCGGCCUAGAAUAGAUUUAAAUUUCUUGAAUUCCUCCUCCAUCCUGCUCAUUUUUAAAGCACUUUCCUGACUUAUGUCUAUUUGACUGGAACCCAGAAUCAGAAUAAGCUCUGAUCUUUUUGUUCUCAAGCUCCUGUGUUCUGAAUGAGGCUCAGCUGUUUAAUGCUCUUUCGAGGAAGUCCAGUCAGAAGAGUAUUACAAUCGUCAAAUCUACUUGAGAUAAAAACAUGGCUCAACUUCUCCUGGUCUGUUUGGAACAUGGUAGCAUUCAGGUAGUAGAAGGUUAUUUUUGAUGAUUUAUAUGGAAGGACUGCUGAAAGUCAGAUCUGAAUCGAUCAGCACCCCAAGGUUUUAGACUUUUUUUUUCAAGCAGUGACUCCAGGUAUUUGCUUAGAGCAAUUAUUUUUUUCUUUACUACCAAAAACAACUGCCACAGUUUAGUUGUUUAAUUCAGGUUGAAUAAUAUAUAAAUGGGUAGCACGGUGGAUCAGCUGGUAAAGCGUUGUCCUUACAGUUCUGAGGUCCCGGGUUCAAUCCCAGACCCACCUGUGUGAAGUUUGCAUGUUCUCCCUGUGCCUGCGUGGGUUUCCUCUGGGCACUCCGGUUUCCUCCCACAUCCCAAAAACAUGCAACAUUAAUUGGACACUCUAAAUUGCUGCUAGGUGUGAUUGUGAGUGCGGCUGUUUGUCUUUAUGUGCCCUGCGAUUGGCUGGCAACCAGUUCAGGGUGUACCCCGCUCCUGCCCGUUGACAGCUGGGAUAGGCUCCAGCACUCCCCGCGACCCUCGUGAGGAUAAGUGUUGAAGAAAAUGGAUGGAUGAUGUAUAAAUUAGGAUAUGUGGACGUUCAGACGGUGUAUGCAGAGUGAUGGGGUUUGUUGAGGUCGUCAGCAGGUCAACUAAGAAUACGGUUGACUUUUCUGUAUUCUGUCUCCAUUUGUUCCAUAAAGUGAUUGAAAGAGCACCUGUGGCUGUUUCCAUCCUUCCUCUACCCAGACCACCUGUAAAUGGAUUACAGUCAUUCUAACUAGACUUGGUAGCCUCUAUUCAAUUCGCCACCAAUGUUUAACUAACAGACGUGAAGACGCAACUUAAGCCAGUUGUACUUUCCAAAAGGUACUUUACACUUCAGCUUGUUUUUAAAGUUUGAAAUUAUUCCAAACGUCAGAUCUUCUCUGUUCAUAAAGCACUCUUUCUCCUGGCACGUACCGAUUGCUAUGAGUCAACAGUAACAGUCAAUUUAGAAAAAUGACCCUUUUUUUUUUUUUUUUAGAAGUGAUUUAAUGGCUACUACUUUGUUUUGUGUAUUGUACUCUUUUUGGAGAAUGAACUAGCUGUUUUAGCAUUUCUCAUGCUUGUGUACUGACUGUUAAAUUGUUCAGUUGAGGACAAUAAUUUUUUGGUAAUAAUGCUGAGAAUAUGAUAAUACAUGAUGACAAAUUCCCCUGCCAGAGCCGUCAUGUUAUCAUUUGGAGGUGUGGAGUUACAUCCCUGGGGAGGGGUUUGUGUAUCCCGAUGAUCCCAAGAGCCGAGCUGUCUGGGGCUUUACGUCUCUGGUGGGGUCACCAGCUGGGGUUUGUAACAGAAAGAACAAGCUCAUGGAUACAAGUGGCUGAAAUGCUCUCCGUGAGAGAUAGGGUGAGAAGCUUGGACAUCUUGGAGGGGAUCAGAAUUCAUCUGCUGCUCCUUGGCAUUGAGAGGAGCCAGAUAAGGUGGCCCAUGUACUGUAUAUGGUUCGGAUGCCUCCGGGACGUCCCCCUGGUGAAGUGUUCUGGGCACGUCCCACCGGGAGGAGAUCCCGGGGGAUGUCCCAAGACACGCCGAAGAAACUACCGUAAUUCCCGGCCUACGCAACGCAACUGGUUACAAGCCUCACCAAGCACAUUUGUAAUGGAAAUGCCAUUUGGUAUAUACAUACGCUACAGGUAUGUAAAAGCCGCAAGUGCCUACAUUGAAACCCACAUUGAAACAUGAGCUAUUCACAAAGAAAGACGGUAUACAGAGACUAACGCUAGUGCUAACGUUAGCAUCGCACUAAAGAUAGCACUAACGCGAACAGGACUGGUUAAAAUAAAAUUUACCGGUAAAUAUCAUUGAGACACGGCAGUAACACAGCAGCAACACGCUAGCACAGCACUAACGCUAGUGGAGGGCUAACAGGCCCAGUAAAAGUCACUUCCUUGGCAUAUAUAUUCCACCGGUCUCAUUUUUACCUUUACUGCUUGAGUGCCCCCUUGCGGCCGUUAGAAAAAAAUGCACAAAUUAGCCACAUCACCGCAUAAACCGCAGGGUUGAAAGCAUAUGAAAAAGUCACGGCUUGUAGGCCGGAAAUUGCGGUACGUUGCUCGGCUGGUCAGAUAAAAGUGGCGAAGAAGGAAAUGGGGCAUACAGGAGACAGAGAGGAGAGAGGAACCCAAGAAUUAUUGUAUCAUUAAGGGGGAGGAAAAAAAAGAAAGCAUUUUUGGCCUGUGAACUCCAAAUUUCAAUUAAAUUUCUGUCUGUAAACUUUUAAAGAAGCUCUGUCACUGAUUCAGUUUCAAAUUUUUUUUUUUUUUCGUUGAACAGGCAUGAUGUUUUUUGUAAUAACACGAGUUUAGUUCCUUUUGCUGGAGUUAUUUCAUUAAUCAUCUUUCCUAUUUCUGCACAUGACUACAUGCUUGACGUUUGAAAAUAUUUCUGCUUAAAACAUCCACUGGCUGUUUCACAUACUGCCAGGUCAUGUUUCCAUGCUGUGGCAAUGAGGUGAUCUCAAGAGGCUACGCCAGUGCAAAACUCCUGUCCACAAGCGAGCUGUCAAGAAUGUCUUUUUGUUUUUGUGGACUCCCUCCACCUGCCCCCUCCUCACCCCACCCGGCCAGUGCACUGCAUUGGAUUUAUUGUGUGAGAAAAAUCAGUUAUGGAGAGUGAACCAACUGACUCAGACUUUUGUUUGCAACUGCCCAUUCAGCACAUCUGCGGUUUGCAAGAUCACUUCUUCCUGAUAUUGGUUCAUAUUAGGAAAUACUGCCUGAGUAGCUGUUGUCCAAAUAUUUCUUCGACAUGAA